GCGCCCGUCCUGCGCUACGCCCGCACUCGUCUACGACCGCUACGCCGACGAUUACGCGCUUCUUGGCUGCAGGAUUUUGCUGUAAAUCGUCCAGAGGCAGCGGGAAAGGAGAUCACCAUUCUAGGGAAAUUGAAGUCUUGAAAGCAAGUAACUAUGAAGUUGAAGGUCGCCGAUAACGGUAACGUGGUCGAAAUUCGUCAACAAGAGGUCUCGGCCGACGUGAACUUUGACAACAGAAGGUGGCUCUCGAACAACAUCGAUUCUCGCGACUCGUACAAUUCUCGGUACAAUAACUCGCAGUUUAAUUCAAACUUUAAUUUUUACGAUUCGAGGAAUAGUAUCGAUUUCCUAGAAAGUACAGAUGUAAGAAUAGAAGCAUUCAAUAGAGAUUCAAACACCAACACAAUAUGUAACAGACAAUAUAGAAUUAACGCAGAAAACAACGGAUUGUUUUUGAACUCGUUAAACAACCAACAAACGACCAAUCUGGAGGGAUCCACGGAUACUACGUUCUCUACGCGAGAAAGCUUUCUAGGAGACACUAAUGUAUCUCCAAAUGCAACACCCGUCGACGAGGAAAGAGCAUUUGAGCACUCAGACACUGAUGAAAUGUCUGAAAAAAGCCUUAACCCAGUACCCAGAGGAAUUGUAAAUCCAAAUUACCCUGGCUUUCAGCACUUUGCGCACACAUUGCAGGACUAUUCUGCAAAUAUCGAAAACUUUGAUCCGUCAGAAAAUGAAAUGACUGACGACGAUAUCGACAUAGAAAUUACGGAUAGUAAUUAUGAGCCGGCACCUGACCACGUUGAAAGUAGUUUAGAGCAUGAAAACAUUAACAACAAUAACAAUGGCAAUGACGAUUUAGAUGAGAGGAUACAAUUAACGAUACUACCAACUCAAAAUGAUUUUCACAAACAAAUUGAAAUAUUAGAAAAUGCACAACAUAAUGAAAUACCAGAUCUUUUAAAAACAAUAUCUACAACAAACAACAACAACAUUGAUACCAAAGAUUACGAUUUACAUUGUUCUGAGAUUGUUAUAGAAAAUAACUUUCACACGAAAGACAUCAUAGGCGACUUUAAUAAGGAAAUUGAAGACGAAAUAAAACUUCUUUUAAAUUAUAAUAUAAACAUUCAAGAUGACUUAGAAGAAUUACGCAAAGACAUUCAAGACACAUUUACAAAACCAAUAGAGAAUACAAUUAACAAUAUAAGUGACGUAGUAAACCACGUUAUAAAGAAACUUGUAAAGACGCAUAUGGACGCAUAUGAGCAGAAUGAGAAUUUAUUACCCGAAGAAGAAUCGAAAUUAGAAAUACAAAAAGAAGAAAUAAUUAAUGAUGUAAACAAAGAUAAUGAAACAAAUACUAGGAAAGAAAUAAAACUCAGUAGGCCUACAUUUUUACUAAUUGAGAACAAUCCAGACGGUAAUAUAAUAGACGCAUUUCUGUCUGACGCUAGGGACGAGAUCAAUGUUUAUGAGCAUGAAUACGACACGGAAGCAUUGACCAAUAAUGUAGAAAAGACAAUUCAACAACUAAGUACGGAAUUAAGGAAAAUAAUUCCUAAAUUAGAUGAAAUGCGAGAAAGGGAUAAACUAUGGAAUGAAAGUAAAAAAGAAUUGCCAGCUCUAGUAAUAGACAGAAACUCGAAUGAAAUAGCCAGUUCCUCUAAAUGUUACACUGCUACGCCUGCUACCAGAGCUGAACAGACAAUAGAAGUUAGCAGGAAGCCCAUUUUUAGUCAAGUGCAACCAGUAAACAGAAAAGUCGCAAUAGCAACUCGCAUUGAACCGCGGGACAAUGAGCGACUGAGGGAUAUUACUCCUUCGAAAACUAGUUAUCGAAGUGCUCAAACUAAUGCAUCCGUCCGUAAACAUGACGCUACAAGAGACUGCGACUUAGACAGUUUCGAUGUGUAUAACAUAGAGACAGCAUUGCCUAAGUUAGAUUUAGAUGCGAUCGAAAACCACUUGAAGGCAGCUAAGGAAGCAGAGAGGAGGAAACACAAUGACAGGGAGGAAAUAAGGCGACGGCUGGCCAUGGGGGCUGAUGCUGAAGAAUAUUACAGCAUGGGGCACAUAGAGCGUCCAGGGAAAAAACCCAGCUUACACUCCCGUCUUCAAAAUGGGAUGAACCUCCAAAUUUGUUUCAUGAAUGAGACAGCCUCGGACAAUGAAUCUCAAGCUUCAGAUGUUGAGAGAAAUCUUAACUAUAGCAACAAAAACUCGAGGUCUAAUAUUUUCACAAAAUCAAACUUCAAUCAUCCUUAUCAAACUCGUCCGCUGUCUGUAAAUCUUACGAAACAUGACAAAGUCAGCAUUGCCCCAAGCGGCCCAAAAUUACGUCCAACAUCUUUGUCAACUAAAACACAGAAGUCCAGAUCUACACAUUCAUUGGGCCAUAUUGAGUUAAAAGAGUCUGACUUUUAUGCACUGCAGGCAACACUACAGACCGAAGCUAGGGUUGCAUUAGCUCAGGCAAAAGAACUGGCCCGUGUUCAAAUGGAGCGUGAGAGGCGCUCGCGGGCGGUGUCGCCAGUCACUGAAAUGCUGCGCAGGAGCAUGGAGAAGGCGAACGCGCCGCUCGCGCCGGACCGCCGCCGCGUGUCGCGACAACUACUCACUGACAUGAACAUUGCGCAAUUACAGGUGAUAGUAAAUGAAUUGCACUCUCAAAUCGAGUCUUUGAACGACUCGCUGGUGAAGCUGUUAAUGGGAAGAGAUGAGCUCCAUAUGAGCCAGGACUCCAUGCUGGUUGACAUUGAGGACCUUACUCGAUAUUUGGGAGUAAAGGAGCAGACUAAGAAAACCAAAGGCAACAAAUCAGGUGUAAGGCGGCUGACGUCGUUAGUGCGCAAAUAAGUACACAUAUGGCUUCUAUUUACUGCAACUUAUCUAAUAACAGGUCGUCGGAAAUAUUCUCAAGGGCAGUCACCCAACUUAACACAUGGAAUCGGCUUGAAUCGAUCAGAAAAAGCGUAACGUUUAUGCAAUAAGAGCGAAAAAGGCUUUGUGCGUUUCGCUUUGGUAGUCCGAGCCAAAUAAAGUUUCUGAGCGGCUCAAGCCGAUUUCCCAUCGGUAAAUGUGGUGUUUCCUUUAUUUGUUGAAACUGAACAUAAAGUAUUUUCUGAUAGAUUUAAUGCAAUUCCGUGUCGAUAAGUGUGGCGAUUAAGGCGACGAUAUUCUCGUCUACAAAAAUAGAAUUCCUUUUUAUUCCUCUUACCCUAUAUAUAAUAUGCAAAUUGAUGAGGAUGUGGAAAAAAAUUAUAUUGCACAUGAGAUUGAUUUUUAUUAAAAACUGUUCGCCUAAAUCGGACAGCAGAUCCUUACAAGUGGUGUUCAGCAAACGCAAAGUAGUAUCCAAGCCUGUCAUUGCCAUUUAUUUAUCAUCUCCUGGCAAGAGUGUUUAUAGUGAGAGGCUUUCAAAUGCAGGAAUUGUUUAUGAGAAAAAGUGUAAUCGUUUGUUACCAACCCGUGAUGAAAAAAUUGUUGUCAUUCAUCACAACCUGCCACUGAGUGAUUUUAAAUAUUAAAGCAAUAAUUUGUGAUUAAAACACACGAUACAUUUUGAAUAAUAUGUGCGUUUUGUUCAUUAUUUGAUAUUCGGUAUUCGGCCGAAUACCGAAGAGUAGCUGAAUAUUCGUGGCAUCUCAAGUUGAAACACUACUAUGAAAUGCUCUACUACGCUCCACUCCGGUAUAGUGAACCUUGUUCAGUGUGACCAGGAUAUUGCCUACGACCUGUACUUUAAUUACAUUUAGACAAGGUGAUUACAGUAAGGAAGUUACAUUAGAAUUUAACAAUGCAAAUAAAAUACCAAAUUAAAACAGGGACUGAUGUUUGAAGGAUGAACUAUUAUAGGUUGCAAUUUAGUUCGAGUGAAAAUAAGAUACACAUUGUAUUCCAAUAAAAUUUUAAGACCGCAUUUACUUUACAUCUGUGUCUCUCGCUUAGUUUUAGUAAGCGCAUUCAGAACAGAUAUAGUUUACGUCUAUUUUAGAUAUAGACUACCAAAGCUCAAUGAAAAGUGGUAGUGGUAGCACGAUCUACAAACUAAGAUCGUACCUCGUCAGAUUCCUGGAUAAUUAUUUAGAAAAUUGCCUUUAAAAAUUUUAAAAAUGGGCUGUUUUGACAAAAUUCUUAAUGCAAUAAAAAAAUUUAGAUCUAUUUUCAA